AUGCCGGUAAACAGCAAUGACUGGCUUGAGAAGGAGCUGCCAAUGGACACUCCAUCUGAAAGUUCAGGUGAAGGCCAUUUCAACACAAAGUCCACAUUUAUAGCUCAUGUGCCCCAGCAACUUUACCCUCACUCUCAAGUCAUUGAAUGGACUAAGAAUCUCACUGAUUUACUUGACGGUAUUAAAAGCCUACCCCUCGCCGAGGCCCGCUUGUUGGAAGCCGGCAAGACAAAGUUCCCCAAUCUUCCGAUCAUCCGAAUCGGUCUUCGACACACUCCUUGUGAGGCCGAGAAAGGGUUUCGCACUAUCACGAUCUCGAAUCUGCCUUCAAACACUUCAAUGGACCAGGUGCUUCGGGCGAUCCGCGGUGGCGAAGUACUCUCCGCAUGUAUGUGUAACACAGUGCGCAUCACUGGUUUUCUGACUGCCUUCAUCACUUUCGUAAACUCAUCGGGAGCAGCCAAGUUCUUGAGUAUCGCUGAGCAGGAGGGUUGCUAUGUCGCCUUUCAGAAGGUCGAGGUGAAUCUUGUUGGGACUCCAACAUAUCCCAUGCGCCGCAUUCUACAAGAUCGGAUCGUCAACCGUGGCCGAACCCGCACUCUGACAAUCUGCAGUGCAGAUCGAUCCAUCAAGAGAACAGUUCAUUUGAUACUGUCUGACUCUAUCGUUGCUGCAUACAUCGAGGGCUUCAAGGAGCAUCAGACUCGAGAAGAAAUCACGAUUCUCUUUCAUUCGAUUGAAAUGGCAAUGCGGGCAUACAAACUCCUUCAAGUUUGCCCCGGGAUUGAGAAGAUGUGGUUCGGAUCCGAUCCCUGCGGGAAAACUCCUCAGAACGAGGACACUCCCCCGAACUGA